GAUAAAUGGCUUAGGAGCUAUUUGUUCCUCUUAUUUGUAACUUUAGUUACAUGCAGCUUCUGUUCUAUGUCCUCCCCAUACAUGAUUUUGAUGCAUAAUUUGUUCAUCUCUACUUAGCAAGCGAAUCGUUUCACAUUCAAUCCUUUCUCUCAUCAUACCUUUGCAGUUUGAGUUCCACUUGGCAAUCAAUCCAUCGGAGAGAGUUGAGGAAUGAUAAUGCGUCUGCUAUUUUCCUCAAUCAUAAGUUUCUGUAACGCUGACUAUCGUAGCCAUCGCUUCCUUCUCCGACGUACCUCUUCUUCUUGCUUUCUACUCUCUCAUCUCCUUCAUUCUUCGCCCUCUUCUGGCCAUGUCCAGAAAGCAAGGAAUAGCCAUGAACCGAGGACCGCCCACAGUCCAAGCCCUCGACAUGUCACUCAAAAUCGGGAUCCAAUGACAGAAAUGGUACUCAGGAUUCUCCGGAGCAUCAAUCACAAGGAUUUAGAAUCUGGGUAUUCGAUCCCUGCUCUUGACAACGCCAUAAUCGACCAGAAGGUAGUCGGUGAAGUGAUUAAGAGCCACGCCAACGAUUGGAAACUCGCAUAUGCAUUCUUCAACUGGGUCUCGAAAAGAUGCGGCUACCGACACAGCGUAGAGGCAUAUAAUUCAAUGAUCGAUGUGCUAGGGAAGGCCUUGGAAUUUGAUCUCUCUUGGGUUUUGAUUCAGAAGAUGAAGCGAGAUGGUGUCUGUCCAAACUACGUCACAUUCAGAACCAUGUUCAAUCGGUAUGCUUGCGCUCACAUGGUGUCUGAAGCCGUGGAAGCAUACCAUCUAGCUGAAGACUUCGGUUUGAGGGACCGAACGUGCUUCUCCAACCUCAUCGACGCUCUCUGCGAGCGUAAGCACGUCGUGGAGGCCGAGGGCCUGUCGAUCGGAGAGAAUUGCGAGUACCCACUUGAUACGAAGACGUUCAACAUCCUUCUACGUGGUUGGAUGAAGAUGGGGUGGUGGAGCAAAUGCAGGAGCUUUUGGGAGGCAAGGGAGCAAUUAAGGGUCGAAGCAGACCUUCACAGUUACAGCAUUUACAUGGACAUUCUGGCGAAGUCCGGCAAGCCGUAUAAGGCUGUCAAACUGUUUGCUGAAAUGAAGAAGAGAGGGAUCGCUUUGGACGUGGUCGCUUACAACACUGCUAUCCAUUCAUUGGGCCUUGCUGGUGAUGUUGAUCAAGCGAUUCAUCUCUUUCACGAUAUGUUGGAGUCCGGGCAUCGGCCGACCAUUUCUACGUAUAACGCGAUACUGAAGAACCUCUGCAAGGCUGGCAGGGCUAAGCAGGCGCUUGUGUUGCUUGAUCAGAUGCCGAAGAGAGGGUUCCCGCCCGAUGCCAUCACGUACCACUCUUUCUUUUCGAAUGUGUCGGAUCCCAAGGUCAUCCUCCAACUGUUUGAUAAAAUGAUUGAAAGAGGUUGUACUCCAAUAAUGGACACAUAUGUGCUGCUGAUCAAGAAGUUUGGGGAGUGGGGUUACCUCCGCCCUGUGUUCAAGAUCUGGAAGACGAUGGAGGAGCAUGGAAUCAGCCCAGAUCACUUCGCAUACAAUGUGCUGAUCGAUACUUUGAUACGGAAAGGUUGCAUCGAUUUGGCAAGGAAGUAUGACAAGGAAAUGUUGGCACGGGGCCUUUCUCCUAGGCCUCGCAAGGAGUUGAGAACUGAAUACCUUAGUGGAGAAUCAGAUGUUGAUUGUGCUUGAGAUUUAGAUGCGGCAGGUGCACAAGGAUCUCAGCUAGAAGUGUCCUACUUGCCACUUGCCAGUUGAGAUGAAAAUCAUGAAAUGUCUCAUUAUUGGCCGAAAGGUUCUAUUAACUGAAGAUUGCUCUCGACUAUUGAGCAGAAGGGACUAAGAAGUUUGUACGAACUGAAAAAUUAGUUGUGCCCAUCUAAGCCGCAGGAGAUCAUGAUAGAUACUGUCUUGGCCUAGCGAAGAAAGGAAAGACAGCAAAUAUAUUAUGUUGAUUUAGGAGCAACGGCCAAUUCCUUGCACUCCAUUUUGUUGCAAAGAACCCCAACUGUUGAAGAUUUAAGAUGAUAGAUGUUAAAUCCCCAUCUUCUUAGAGUCCACAUCUAUUUGGACAACUAUUUUUGUUAUGAGCUGAAUGCGAUUGUAGUCCAUUCAUAGAUAAUAUGUUCGGAUGAGGAAGUGCUUCAUAACUUAAGCGGCUGGAAUAUGCUUUUGAUUUGGAGAUGUUAAAACGGGGAACUACUGGACUUCUGCAACGCAGAUAGAGAUGCCAUGCUCCUGAGAAGGCUAAAUUGGAGGGCUGAUGGUUCCCAAUUUUUGGCUCCGUCUGUACAAACAUUGUAAGAACUAACAGAGUACAUAAGGAAGAUACCCAUGCAGAAAUAUUUGUGUACUCGUAUGCAUGUUUGCUAUUAAAAUAUUCCACUUGGAACAGCAUAAAUAUGCCGGAUACGCUUUUAUCUGUAAUGGGCAAUAAAAUUCAUAGGUUCUAAAAUUAAUGGGAUUACAACUGGAAUCAGAGUAUCCAAAAGCAGAGGAAAGAACAGCUACCAGUUGAUUUGUGACCAUGGAUCAUGUUU